AAAUAAAUAAAUAAAUAUAUAUAUAUAUAUAAAGUACUGAAAAAUCGACGCAUAUGGAAAAGACAAAAUGCAAAAUCACAAUCAAAACAAUCAAAUGUCCGCCGUCACGAUCAGAAGAAAUCAAUUUAGCACUUGGUUGUCUCCGCUCCACCGGCCAACCCGCCAUCAGAGCUGCUCUAUGGGACUUUGACUUUCAAAUCACACUCAAUCUUGGGCUUAAACCUGCACGUCUUCAAUUUCCCCAGCUUGAACCUAACCCUCAAAUUCAAUUUCACAUCAAUACUGUAAACUCCAGAAUUCUUCUGCUGAUUGCACUCGGAAACUCCAUCAGCGCCGAGCAACACCAGUUUCUGCCGCUGAAACGAGGGGUUGAAGUAACUGGUACUCUUGUGCCCCUGAUAGAACGGCGUCGGCUGUUGGGUAGCAAACCGUUGGUCCUCGUAGUACUCGUUGGCCUCGAUGCGGUCGUAGUAGAUGCCGAUUUUCUUGUUGGGGUUGCGCACGAAGAUGAGGGCAGCCAGACCCAAGAUGAUGACCGGGGUGACUAUGAGCUUGAUAAGGAAGCUCAGGAGGCAGCAGCAGCCACAGCCAGAACCAUGGCCGUGGCGGUGAUAGGACGGGGCAGGUGGGACAGCGGGGUCGUAGUAGGCUCCGCUCAAGUGGGAAUGUUUCUCUACCGUGGAAUAACACGAGUUAGAAAGUUAGAGAAACUGAAAUUGGGUUCAAGGAACCCAGCAAGGGGGUUCGGUGAGGAACCCAAUUGUUGGGUUCCUUGCAGAGCCCAGAUUUGGGUUUCACAAACCCAGCAAUUGGGUUCUGCCUGGGUUUUGCAAACCCAGGUUUUGGGUUCCUCACGGAACCCCCUUGCUAGGUUUGCGGAACCCAGAUCUGGGUUCCGCGAAGAGGUUCCACGAACCCAGCAAAAGGGUUCCCUGAGGAACCCAAAACUUGGGUUCGUGAAACCCACAAGGAGCCUAGCAACUGGUGAGGAUGAGUAUGAUGCCGUGGAUGAGGAGAAAGAAGAUGAUUAAGAAAUUAAAAUUAAUCCUAUUUA